UCCAUAAUGGGGGUGCCCAGGAGUUUGUUAUUGCUCCUUAUUUUGCAGUUUUCUACAGAAAACACUUCAGGGACACCCGUCACCAGCUGUGAUUCAUGUCACAAGGAAGCCAGCUGCCUGGAGUCUCAGGAAAGAGGCGACGCUUUUCCCGUGCCGCUCUCUUGUGUCUGUAAAGACGGCUUUGUCGGCGACGGUCUCGCCUGCUACAAUCCCAAACUGUGCAGUGACUCCUCUUGCUGUAGUCGAGGCUAUCACUGGUCACCAGACCGGGGCUGUGUGGACACUGACGAGUGCUCCCUCCCAGACUCGCCAUGCUCUAAACCUCAGGUUUGCAGAAACACUCCAGGCUCCUUCGAGUGCCUGGAGCCUUCCUCCGACCCCAGAUCGGACCCCUCUUCCCAAUCUGUCCGGUUCAGCUGUGGACACGAUGUUUGUCCUGCAGGCAUGGACUGCAUCAGCAGUAAUGGGAACCAAUGUUCUGACCCCUGUGAGCACUACACAGUGCUGAAUGAUGACUGGCGUUCAGUGAACAACACUUCGAAUCAGUCACACUGUGACAGAGAUAUUAACUGGAGCGGCUGGUAUCGCCUGGUUCUGGGGCAAAACAGUGCUCUUAUUCCAGAGUAUUGUGUUGGUGUAAGGAGGUGUGGAACAGCUGCCCCACUGUGGAUAACAGAACCGCAUCCCACACAAACGGGUGAAAUUGUAACUCGCACUGUGUGUAAUCACUGGACGAGCGGCUGCUGUGAAUUUUCCUCACACACCAUUCAUGUAAAGCUCUGCUUUGGAAACUUUUAUGUCUACAAACUUGUGAAGCCAUCAGUAUGUAAUCUUGCAUACUGUGCAGAUCACCACCCUCGUAACCCGCCUUCUCAGCUUAUUUGUGGCCGUGAUAAAAUCCAGGUGGGUCUGGAUUCGGCUCAUUUUGUAUCCUCUGGUUUGAGCCCCUAUUCUGGAAACUUGGCAUCCCGCAACUGCUCCAGGGUCAGAAUGCAUAACGACGUAGUGUGGUAUGAAGUGGAGGCCAUGGCAGGUGCCUGUGGAAACACACUGAGGACCAACAGCACACAUGCAAUCUACUCCAACAUUUUAUUUAUCUACCCAAUAAGCAACGCAUCCUUCAACGUUCCCGUGAGACUUCCUUUCUCCUGUGCGUAUCCUCUGGACAUAGACGCCAGCCUGAAUGUGGCCCUCAAACCAGUCAUGCCGGUUGAAGUUGGCCUUGAAGGCUCAGGUGCCAGAGUGGAGGCCUCCAUGUCUCUGUUCCGCCACUCCAACUACACGGAGACUUAUCCAGCAGGCCGGGUCACCCUGCCGGUGGGCUCGCCGUUGUACGUGGGCGUCUCUGUGCAGGAGACUGAUCCGAGCUUUGCAGUUGUUCUGGAGGACUGCUACGCCAGUCACUCUUCAUCCCCUGACAACUCCAUGCAGUACCCUCUGAUCAGGAACAGGUGUCCCACCGACCGCGGACAGGUGUCAGUGGUUGAGAUCGGCUCGUCCCUCCAGGCUCGUUUCUCUGCCAUGUUCUUCCUGCUUCACAACCAAUACAGAGACGUUUACCUUCAUUGCAGCCUCAGCCUGUGUGACCAGAGGAGUUCCUCUUGUGUUACAUCUUGCAGAAGUAGGAUAAAUCGCUCUGUUUCCAACUCUGAACCUCUGACUACCCUCACCAUUGGACCAAUCAUUUGGGAAAAGUCACCUGAAUGAGCUGGUUACAUGCAGACAUAAUACGAACACAUUCCACAUUGUGAUAUAAUUUUGUUUCAAAAUUUUUUUUAUUGAUAAAUCAUCAGAUUAUAAAAACUGGUGUUACAUUGUAAAAGAAAAGAAACUUGGAUGAGCAUAUGGAUUUUUCUUUUCAACCAAUGACUAUUACAAACAAUGACUAUUGACACAUUAUAGUAUAAACUGUGCAACAAAUAUGUGUGUAUGUGCUAAAAUAUCAUUUGUCUUUUUAAUCACAACUCUGUAACUUGAUGUUGGAAUAUGCAGUAGUUACCAAAUAAAGUGAAAUAUUGUAGCAUUGACUUUGGUCCAGACUGAAAUGCCAGUGUC